AUGCACAAGUCCAUAAAUACUGCAGCUAGGAUCUCUUUCUCUAACGAAUUUGUGGAAAUCAGAUCCGAGAAGAAUAAUGGUAAGAGCAAGAACGUUAACGUCAACACGAGAAGCUCUCUCUCAAAACCCUCUGCUGAUUUCGAGUUCUCCGUCACCGAUUACGCCAUGAUUCCCGCUGAUGAGAUCUUCCUCAAAGGAAAGAUCUUACCUUUCAAGGAGACCAGUCACGUUCAUAGGACAUUAAGAGAAGAGCUUCUUGUCGAAGAAGAGGGUCCUGUCGAUGGAAACAUCUUUUCCCUCAGGCCACUAUUUUUACCAUCUUCGUCUUUUUCAACAAAGGGCACGUGGAAGGAGCUGUUGGGCAUUAAGAGGGCCCAUGUUAAAUCUAAGAAGACUGAUAAAAUCGACGAAGAAGAGACUUGUUGUUCAUCGGGUCAAGAUCUCAAAACAAUGUUAGGAAACGUUGCAACGAGAGAGUGUCAAGUGGCAGAUGCAUGA